AUGUACUCGAACAAGGAAUGUUUGAUUCCUCUUCAGGAGCUACUGAAAUCAUCCGCGUUUUUAGUGGAUGAUAGCUGUGUCUUCGGUGUGGAGAUAUUAAAAAUUGAUGUCUCUUCUCCUGAAAGGAAGUCCGUUGUGGUACAAAAGAAGGCUACCACAGUUGAGAACCUCUUUGUCCAGAAGAAGGGAUUCAUCAAAGGGACAUACACUUGGACCAUGAACAAUUUCCUAGAAUUGGAGUCUCAGCAAUUUAUCCGCUCUCCUACAUUUGAAGUUGGUGGGCAUAAAUGGUACAUCGGCAUGUAUCCGCAUGGUGACAAGCGCAGCACUGAUUACCUCAGCUUGGCUUUGUGCCUGGACUCCUCGGAUGAGCUCUUUAUUGAGUCCAGAAAGGUGGUUCAAAUAACUCUGUCCAUCCUCGACCAAAAGAGUGGGAAAUACUUCACUAGAACUACAGGUCUCGUGCCAUGUAUACGUCCAGAAGGCUGGGGAUGGUACAACUUCCUGCCACUCAAGGAACUCAAGGAUAUGUCCAGAGGGUAUCUUAUAGAGUCAAAGUGCGUCCUCAAGGCAGAUCUCACUAUAUUUGGAUCAUCCAACGACGGCUAGAUCUUUACCUUGUGGCCUGAU